GAGAUAGAUACAUCGAUAAGUCGAUAAUAUCUGCUAAGCGCAAAAAGCAGAAGCGUCCUUGUUUCUCAUGCAGGGCGAAGGCGUGUGUGUGUGGUUUUCGGCUGAACAAACGCUCGAGGCUGUUGAGUUCAUCCAAUCGAACUGUAGAUCGUGUGUCCCAAGAAAGCUCGUCCGUCCCGCAAACAAAACUCACCGCUCAAUCUCGUCGUCAACACCACGGACAUGCACCUCUCAACAACAACAACACCACCACCAGACGGAUCGUCCUCAGCCGCGGCCUCGGCCGUGGCUAAGGCUAGCCGGAAACCUCUCAAGUUCCUCCUGCACUGCUUCUCGGCGACUGGCCACGUGCUGCCGAUGCAGGCAGUGGCCAGGGAGCUGGUCGAGCGCGGCCACGAAGUCGUCUGGACGACGAUAGCGCCCCAGGAGGCCCGCGUCGUCGCUUCGGGCGCCAGGUUCGUCCCCGCGGAGGAGGUGAUCAAGGUCGACGCCAACCUCGAGGGCGCGGAGCCCAAGGACAUGGUCGAGACGGCCGAGGUCAUGUUCGGCGGCCGGGUCACGGCGCAGGUCGCCGACAUCCGCCGCGUGCUCGAGACCUUCACGCCCGACCUGGUGCUCAACGACGCCCUGCCGCAGGGCGUCGCCGCGCUGUACGAGCUGGGCGAGAUUCCCCGGUACGCCACGCUCGGCGUCGUCCCCUUAUACCUUCCGGACAUCGGCCCGGAGCCCGUCGAGCACGCCGCCCAGUCCGCGCUCGGUCUGCUCAUCAGCCGACCGCAGCUGGUGCUGCCCACGAUCAACCCGGAACGACAGAGGCUGGGGCUGCCGGCACUCAAAGUCACGGAUGCAUACGCGUACAGCCCGUUCCUGCACAUCCAGGCAUCGUGUCCCUCUCUGGAGUUCCAGGAGGGCCCCGAGCCCAUCCUUCCGCAGGCGCAGUACGUCGGCCCGCUGGUCACGCGGCUCGCGGGGGCCAGUCUCGGCGUGCCGGCGUGGUGGGACGACGUGGUCAACGCGACCUCGGUCAUUGGCAUCACGCAGGGCACCUUCGCCAUGAAUCCGACGUCGCUCAUCAUCCCCGCCAUCCAAGCGCUCCAGGACGACAAGAGCCAUCUGCUGGUCGUGCCGUCGAAGCUCGCGGGCGAGAUCCGGGAGAAGAUCGAGGUCGGCGACAACGUCCGCAUCGCGGAAUGGGUCCCGUACGACAUGCUGCUGCCGCGGUGCCGUCUCCUCGUCACCAACGGCGGCUACGGCAGCGUCACGCAGGCGCUCUCCCACGGCGUCCCGCUCGUCUGCGCCGGCACGUCGGAAGACAAGAAGGACACCGCCGCGCGGGUGACGUGGGUAGGGGCGGGCAUCGACCUCAAGACCGACACCCCGUCGGUCAGCCAGGUCCGCGACGCGGUUCACCGCGUGCUGAACGAAGCCACGUUCAGAGACAGCGCGGCCAGGAUCGGAAAGGAGCUCAACGCCCAAGGCGGCGCCAAGAGGGCGUGCGACUUGUUGGAAAAGGCGGCGAUAGAGCAGCUUGUUGCGAAGGAGGAGGCCAAUGCUUGAAACGACGAGAUGGGAAGCCAGCGGAGAAGGAUUAAGGAUAUUGACAACGUGGGAUUUUUUGCGGGAGUCGAAGAUAAACUUUAGAAGCCAAACUUUAAUAAAUCUCUUUUUCCC